AUGGCGGAUCAUUCUGGCCAGGCGGCGUUUGCGCACUUCCUGGAUGCUUCCUGGGGUGCUUUCCGAAAGCAAAUGCUCGAGGCCUACGUGGACAGCCAAGCUGCUCACCUUGGCCCUGACUCCGUCACCAGGAAAAUUCGUUUGCUUGAGCACGAGCUGCGAGAACUGCGCUCCACGAACGGCAAGGUCCAGGGCCUAAAUGGCGACGCGCUUCUCCCAGAUGGCAGUGCAUCCGAUGAGCCACUUCUACAAAUCAAAGACUCCAGCCGAGCGCAGCUCCUCCUCAACACGCAGCCGCAAAGGCUAGCAGUUGGCGAGCAGCAGGUUCCCCGCGAGGCACCAGCGACUUCUCGAUCGAAUGAGGUUUCCGUGGCCUCCGCGGAGGAGACGGUAUCGAAUGCACAAGGCGACGCUGAUAGCGAAGAGAACCUGAAGUCCAUCAGUGACGGGCACCAGAGCAUGAGCAUGGAGGCCACGGUCGAUUUUGACAAGCUCGCGAAGAGCCGAGUCUCCAGAAUCUCCGCCACAAGCGGUGUUGACGAACAAGGCGUGGAGAUCGCUGCGCGCGAUCAGCAGACUAACGCAGUGCGCCAUCGGUUGCGCCUCCGCUUGGGAGCGGUCAGCUUGAAGAAGUUGAUCUCAGGGAAGAGCUUGCACGAUGCGAUAGAAGCUCUUGGCCUGACGACUUAUACGGAGGAGCAUUGUAACGACCUGGUGAACCAGCUGGCUGACUACAUUGAUCUGAAAUUUGUUGCGAAAGACAAGGAUGCCCAAUUUUCUCGCUCCAAUUCACCCGGCUCCCACGGUGGCGGUGGCAUGUUUUGGGAAAACGAGAAGAACUACGGCCGCCCGGUCUGGAAUUGGCCCAAAGAGGCAGAGUUCUCACGGUCUGCCAGCCGGGAGAUCCAGACCCACGACCUCCCUGCCAAAGCCAAUGCUAAUGUUGUUCCCAUUCAGGCAUUGAUGGAUCUUUUCCUGGCACGCGACCCCGACCUUCACAAGAAGAUUUUCGGGCCGUUUAACCGGACGCAGUUUCAGGCAAUGAAAGAGAUUCUUUUGGCUGGAGACACGAAUCGGCUGGUGGCAGAACUGACGUUCGUGCGCAUCAAUGACCUUGCGGCGCCUCCAGAGUCCAUCAACCCGCUCAUGUACAUCGAGCCGUUCGUCUCCUGUCUCAUCAUCGCGAAUGGCAUCAUGAUCGGCUUUCAGACGGACAAGAGGUGGGAAGACUGGGGUGGCUGGCCCUACAUCGAAGGAGUGCUGGCAUUCUUCUUGCUCCUGGAAAGCGGCUUGCGCUUCUACCUUUCUGGGCCUCGCGAGUUUGCCUGUGGCCCCGACUGGAUAUGGAACUGGUUUGACUUCUUUCUGAUGUUGACCGGCGUGACAGAUGUCGUCAUCCAGGCCAUUGGCGACGUAGAUCAGAACAUGGGAACAUCUUCCCUUCUCCGCUUCUGCCGCCUGAUCCGGCUGGUGCGCGUCGUGAAAGUGUUCCGCCUGAAGUGCAUGAAGGAGCUGCGGCUCAUGGUGAAGGGGCUGGUGGCAGGUCUGCGGACUUUGCUUCUGGCCUUCGCUUUGCUGUUUACGGUCCUCUAUGUGAUUUCAGGAUUUGCCACCAUGACCAUCGGGCGAGACAUCGCUACGGCACGGCUGGGGCUCGAAGAGCUCUUUGUAGAUCUUCCGCAGUCGAUGUUCACUGCCUUUCGCUGCUACAGCGGGGAGUGCAUCUCAAGAAGAGGUGAGCCGAUUCAUGCUCUGCUGGCCGAGGAAUUUGGCUUCAUUUUCGUCAUCUGCUACGUUAUCACUUACAUGCUCGUCAGCAUGGGUAUCUUCAACGUUAUCCUGGCGGUGUAUGUGGACAUCACCAUGAGAGCUGCGAAGGAGACGGAGGCCGUGACGUCUGAGCAGCAUGCGCGCGAGUCGAUUCGCAUUGCUCGAACUACUCGCGAGUUGUUGAAGAAGUUUGCGCAGGCUUACCGCCUCUAUCAAGACUUUGACGAACCAGACAGACAAAAGUUCAAGAUAGAGACCCAGAAUACCAUCGCCUACACAGACGAAGACAUUAAUGACAUCGCCUUCAGCAAGGAGCUGUUCUUGCUGGUGAUCCAGGAUCGCACCGUCCAGUCACUGAUGGACGAGCUUGACCUCCCGCCUGACAGGGCAAACCUUUUCGAGGUCAUUGAUGCAGAUGGCAGUGGAACCAUGGAUGUAACGGAGCUGGUUCAGGGGAUGUUGAAGAUCCGCGGAGAUGUCAAGAAAAGCGACACGGUGGCGACACUCCUCGCGACGAAGGCGCUCCAAGAAAUGGUCUCGGAGAUGCGCAACACAUUGUCUGGCCUCGAAUCGCGUAUGAUCCAGAACUUCCCCGCGGGUGCAGUGCACCAAAAGGCGGACCUGUGA